CCCGCCUCUGGGUGCCCCACUCCAGCCACGCGCAGCCGGAGCUCCAGCAGCGCGGGUCCGGGCGCCGGCCAGGGCGGAGCGGGCACCGGCGGCCGUCGGGGCGCAUGGCCCCGGGCCGGACGCGGCUGGCUCGGCGCGGAGCGGGGCUGCCAUGGAGCAGCAGAGCGUGCGCACCGCCGCGCUGGUCCUGUGCAUCCUGUCCUACCUGCUGGUGGGCGCCGCCGUCUUCGACGCGCUGGAGUCGGAGGCGGAGAGCGGCCGCCAGCGGCUGCUGGCCCAGAAGCGCAGCGAGCUCCGGAGGAAGUACGGCUUCUCGGCCGAGGACUACCGCGAGCUGGAGCGCUUGGCGCUGCAGGCCGAGCCGCACCGCGCCGGCCGCCAGUGGAAGUUCGCGGGCUCCUUCUACUUCGCCAUCACGGUCAUCACCACCAUCGGGUACGGCCACGCCGCCCCCGGCACAGACUCGGGCAAGGUCUUCUGCAUGUUCUACGCGCUCCUGGGCAUCCCCCUGACGCUGGUCACCUUCCAGAGCCUGGGCGAGCGGCUGAACGCGCUGGUGCGGCGCCUCCUGCUGGCGGCCAAGCGCUGCCUGGGCCUGCAGCGGCCGCGCGUGUCCACGGAGAACAUGGUGGUGGCCGGGCUGCUGGUGUGCGCCGCCACGCUGGCGCUCGGGGCGGCCGCCUUCGCGCACUUCGAGGGCUGGAGCUUCUUCCACGCCUACUACUACUGCUUCAUCACGCUCACCACCAUCGGCUUCGGCGACUUCGUGGCGCUGCAGAGCGACGAGGCGCUGCAGAGGAAGCCGCCCUACGUGGCCUUCAGCUUCCUCUACAUCCUCCUGGGGCUCACGGUCAUCGGCGCCUUCCUCAACCUCGUGGUCCUGCGCUUCCUGGCGGCCAGCACCAGCACCGACCCGCCCGAGCGCGCUGAUUGCCGCGCCAGCCCUCCCCGCCUGGGGGCGCCCGAGAGCCGCGGUGCCGCCCUGACCCGCCGCCCCGAGCGCCCCGGGGGCUCCUCCUCCGUCUCCUACCGCAUCCACCAGCUGGAGAUGUGGGCCCGCGACAACCUGGGCUUCUCACCCCCCGGGAGCCCUGGGGCUCUGGGUGGCCGCGGCGGGGCGGGCAGGCUCCCUGCCCGGCGGAAGUCCAUCUGACAGCCCUACCCCGUUGGGGUCGAGGGUUUGGGUUAACCUGCCAGUGCCCCACUCUCCCCGGAGCCUGGGGAGGGGAGAGGGACCUCUGGGGAGGGGAGAGGGGCCUCGGCUGCAAUGCCAUCUUCUGCCACAACCAGGUUCGCGUUCCCUUCUGUGGCCAGCCCCUCUCUCAUCUCCAAAAAUAUAUUAAAGUCAUGUCAUAAUAAGCACAAUUACGAUUCUAACGUCACCCAGGAGGUGCAAGCCCCUACAGUCCAAACUGUCUUAGGGAGGCGUGGCCACACUGCCCGGCCUCUGGAGUGGACACAGGUGGCUGUUCUGCUGCGGGAGAGGCAGGGUUUCGUGUUGCAGGGAAAAUGCACGGCUUUGGAGACUGGAGUCCCGCCUGUGAGGCCAGCUGCUCACACCAUGAGACGACAGGAAGGACACGGACUGAUGGGAACGGACCCGUCUGCUGCCCAGCGUGGACCAGCGGGCAAAUAGCUGCCGUCUAACCGAUCUUGCUCUCUCGCUCAGCAUGUAGAGAGGAACUGGCCCAGGUGGGACUGAAGCGCGUUCUCCCCACCCCAGCGGAUGUUGUCUGUCCUGGGCCAGUCCCACUUCGGGAUAAGGGGACCUUGCUGGCAUUCACCACGUCACUGAGGCAGUCUGGACGCGACAAACUGCCGUGAGAGCAACUCUUUGGGAGUUGAGAGAUCUGGGUUCUGCUAGCCCCCACAAUGUGACUUUGGUAAAUCCCAUCCCCUAUCGGAUAGUAUCCGGUCCUCUGUUAGAUCUCAUCUGUAAAAUGACGGGGUUCACCUAGAAUCCUGCUCCCUCCUAUGUAUCCCUGGUUCAGGAUCAAGGGGGGCAUCACAAAAGGCCAUGGUGGGACAUGAGGACAUCCUGCAGCACCCAGCCCCUGCCCUUAGCUUCCCAGGCAGAACGGCCUCCACACAAAGCAGAGCAAGACCAGUUAGAAAAGCCAAAAACUUUAAUCGUCAACAUGAGCUACAUGGUCAUGAACACAAUGCAACGUGACCCACUCCAACCCAGGGGCCGGAAACCCUCCCUCCCCAGAGGCCCGGGCGGCCCCUGCUCCAGGAGAGGGGAUGACGGGGAGGGUGGCGGGUGGAGAGGCCUCAGCCCGAGGAGCCCGGGGCCUGCCCUCCUGCCACCUCCUCGGGAGGCAGCUGAAGAGCGAAAGGGCUCCAGAGCUGCUGUCUGAGGCCCUGGGUUCAGUUCUCCAUGUUGCUCUCACAGAAGCCAUGAUUGAAAUGGACACGAUCAGCCUCCCUGCGGGGUUUGUGAGUCAGAUGAGCUCAUGGACAUGAAAGCUUCUCAUCACGGAGGUGCUGCCACACAGACACGGGGCCCUCCCUGAGGGCUGUGGGGGUCCUCACAGGGAGACGGGGGGGCGGCCCGGUCCCCAGGGCCUGGCACAACGCUGCUGCUCAAUAAAUAAACACAGGUGGCCUUGCCUGACGCAACAGCUGUGCUCCAAGGGGAAGGGGCUACGUGCUGUUCUGAACCGGCAGUGUGCCCUGGAGCUCCUGGUUUAAGGACCUGCCUGGCUCAUCAGCUUGCAGAGUGCACAGCCACCCCCGAAACUGCUGUGCUUACCGGCGCAGGGAAAGCUCGAGCGGCUGGGAGGACCGAGUUCUGGUGUGUGCUCAGCCACUAGCUCACAGGGGGACCCUAGCAGGACGUUCCCCUUCCAGGGCCUCAGCUUCCCCCUUUAAAAUGACCCCCACCUACUGCCCAGGGGAUCCUCUGAGGGUAAAAGCACUUUGAAA